CCAACCGAGAACUUACGCUCCUUCCGCAUCCAAACAGCCUCCAAUCGUCCUCCCCUGAUGCAAAAUCGCAACUGCCCGAUCCAGUGAGAGCUCGACUUCUGCAACUCCCAACGCCUCUCUCGAUCUCGAUCUCGAUCUCUUCGACGCUUCCCCAUCCCCGUCCCCGCAUCGCCGGCAGAUCUCUGGCGCCGGAGCCUCGCCGGAAAUGGAGCCGGACGUCAGCAUCGAGACGGGCGCCAUGAUCCGCGUCGCCGUCCUCCCGGUCGGCCACGUCCCCACGCCGCUGCUGCGGGACUACGCCGCCAUGCUCCUCCGCCACGGCUCCGUCUCCCUCUCCGCCAUCAGCUCCUUCUACACGGAGCACCAGAAGUCCCCCUUCGCCAACCAGCCCUGGGACUCCGGCUCCCUCCGCUUCAAGUUCGUGAUCGGCGGCUCCCCGCCCAGCCCCUGGGAGGACUUCCAGUCGAACCGCAAGAUCCUGGCCGUCGUCGGCGUCUGCCACUGCCCCUCGUCGCCCGAUCUCGACGACGUGAUCGAGCAGUUCGGCGUCAAGUGCAAGGGGUACGCGUCCGCGCUCGUUCGGAGGUGCUUCGCGUUUUGCCCCAGCGACGCUCAGCUAGAGGAUGGAAGUAAGAAGGACUCUAAUCUCAAGUUGUUCCCACCUGCUGAUCGUCAGACGCAAGAGUUCCAUUUGCAAACUAUGAUGCAAGACGUAGCUGCUUCAUUACUAAUGGAAUUCGAAAAGUGGGUUCUUCAGGCUGAGUCUGCCGGAACUAUCCUGAAGACGCCUCUUGAUUCUCAAGCGAACUUCAGUUCAGAGGAGUUGAUUAAGGCAAAAAAGCGAAGACUGGGUCGAGCACAAAAGACCAUUGGGGACUACUGUUUAUUGGCAGGAUCACCUGUUGAUGCUAAUGCCCAUUAUCAAACAGCUUUAGAACUUGCUAGGUUGACGGGAGAUUAUUUCUGGUAUGCGGGAGCACUAGAGGGCGGUGUAUGCGCAUUAAUGUUAGAUCGGAUGGGACACAUGGAUCCGGAAUUAGUGGAUGAGGUAAAGUACCGGUACAACAGUGUCAUCGGACAUUACAGAAAGUCAUCCAUUCAGGAUAAUGCACAGAGAGUAUCACCAUUGAGCUUUGAGCUUGAGGCUACCUUGAAAUUAGCAAGGUUCCUUUGCAGAAGAGAUCUGGCCAAGGAUGUGGCUGAAUUGUUGACGAAUGCUGCUGAUGGUGCAAAAUCUUUGAUUGAUGCGAGCGACAGACUCAUAUUAUUUGUUGAAAUAGCUCGCCUCUAUGGGAAAAUCAAUUAUCAAAGGAAAGCUGCCUUCUUUUCAAGGCAAGUAGCUCAGCUGUACUUGCAACAAGAAAACAGAUUGGCUGCUCUUAGUGCCAUGCAAGUUCUGGCAAUGACAACAAAAGCAUAUCGUGUUCAAAGUAGAGCAUCUGUGUCCGAGCAUCCUCUUGAUGAUGAUGUUGGUCAGGGUUCUGCCAAUGGUGGAAAGGUGCUGCACCAGUCGAUAGUUUCCCUCUUUGAGUGUCAAUGGAGCACUCUGCAGAUGGUUGUGCUGCGAGAGAUACUACUUUCUGCUGUUCGCGCAGGGGAUCCCUUGGCUGCUUGGAGUGCAGCAGCUCGUCUCCUAAGAUCAUAUUACCCCUUAAUUACGCCUGUCGGACAGAAUGGUCUUGCUAAUGCACUUGCAAAUUCAGCAGAGAGGCUUCCGUCAGGAACUAGAUGUGCUGAUCCUGCUUUACCAUUUAUAAGACUAUACUCAUUCCCUCUACUCUCUUCACAAGUAGAUGUUGUGAAACGCAACCCAUCUAGAGAAGAUUGGUGGAUGGGAUCAGCUACAUCAGGGCCUUUCAUAUAUACACCAUUUAGCAAGGGUGAUUCAAAUGAUAGUGGCAAGCAGGAGGUAAUAUGGAUUGUUGGAGAACCAGUCCAUGUCUUGGUUGAACUGGCUAAUCCUUGUGGUUUUGAUCUACGGGUAGAUAGUAUAUAUCUAUCCAUGCAUUCUGGAAACGUUGAUCCUUUUCCUGUUAGUGUAAAUCUUCCGCCUAACUCAUCAAAAGUGAUAACCUUGUCGGGGAUCCCAACAUCAGUGGGGCAGGUCACUAUACCAGGGUGCAUGGUUCAUUGUUAUGGGGUAGUGACUGAACACCUUUUCAGGGAUGUUGAAAAUCUGCUUCUUGGAGCUGCACAAGGUCUUGUUCUUUCUGACCCAUUCCGAUGUUGCGGAUCUGCAAAGUUACGAAAUGUUUCCGUUCCAAAUAUAUCUGUAGUACCCCAGCUUCCACUUUUGGUGCCACACAUUAUAGGGGGUGAUGGUGCCAUAAUUCUAUACGAAGGAGAAAUUCGUGAUGUGUGGAUAAGUCUGUCUAAUGCUGGUACAGUUCCAGUCGAACAGGCUCAUAUUUCUUUGUCUGGAAAGAACCAAGAUUCUGUUAUUUCAGUUGCAUAUGAAGCCUUAAGAGGUUCUCUUCCUCUGAAACCUGGUGCUGAAGUUACUCUGCCUGUUACUUUGAAAGCGUGGCAGCUUGGUUUGGUGGAUCCUGAUAAUGCCAGCAAGAGUGGAUCAGGUAUCACGGGCAGGCAUCAUAAGGAUGGGAACAGCCCUAUGUUGGUAAUCCAUUAUGCAGGACCGCUUACAAAUUCUGGAGAUCCCACGGCUAAUGGAUCUGCUGUAACCCCUGGCCGACGACUGGUGGUCCCAUUACCAGUUUGUGUGCUACAAGGCCUGUCUUUUGUCAAGGCUCGUUUACUUUCCAUGGAAAUUCCAGCGCAUGUCAGUGAAAGCAGUCCUAUACCAGCUUUUGGAGAUGGCAAUUCUACUAAGGAAGCUCUGUCUUCAGAGCGUAAGUUGGAGAGACUGGUAAAGAUUGAUCCUUUCCGAGGGAGCUGGGGACUGCGUUUUUUGGAGCUUGAGUUGUCUAAUCCAACAGAUGUAGUUUUUGAAAUAAGUGUGUCCGUUCAGUUGGAAAAUCCUAUAGCUGAUAUUAACAAAGCAAUUGAUCAAGAUGCCGUUGAAUAUUCUUGUCCAAAAACUAGAAUAGACCGUGAUUACUCUGCAAGGGUACUCAUACCACUGGAGCAUUUCAAAUUACCCGUUCUUGAUGACUCCUUUUUUCUGCGAGAUACUCAUUCCAAUGGGGCUAGUACAAGUAGAAGUUCAAGCUUCUCAGAGAAGAGUGCUAAAGCUGAAUUAAAUGCCUCUAUCGAAAAGUUGAUUUCCAAAAUUAAAGUUAAAUGGCAUUCAGGACGGAACAGCUCAGGAGAAUUAAAUAUCAAGGACACCAUACAGAAAGCCCUGCAGUCAUCCGUUAUGGAUGUAUUGUUACCAGAUCCGUUGACAUUCGGCUUCAGACUGGUCAGAGAUGGUUCUAGUGAUGCCGCAGUACCUGACAUGCCAAUGGCAUCUAUGAUUCAGGUGGAAAAAACCGCAUCAGAAGGCUGUAUGAUGGCAAAUGAGGUCACUCCUAUGGAAGUUCUGGUGCGUAAUAACACGAAGGAGACGAUCAGGAUGUGCCUUAGUAUCACAUGUCGGGAUGUAGCUGGGGAAAAUUGUACUGAAGGAGCCAAUGCUACUGUAUUAUGGUCAGGGGUUCUGAAUGGGAUCACCAUGGAAGUUCCCCCACUUAAGGAAACUAAGCACCUGUUCUCCCUCUACUUUCUCGUUCCUGGGGAGUACACAUUGGUGGCUGCUUCAGUGAUUGAGGAUGCUAAUGACAUCCUGAGGGCUCGUGCCAAAGCAGAUUCUCCUGACGAGCCUAUAUGCUGUCGUGGGCCCCCGUUUCAUGUCUGUGUCAUGGGCACUGCUUGACCUGUCCCGACGUCCGGAGCAUCUACUAAUGGUCUUGUCCGAUGUCUGGUUUCUUCCCUGAUUGGAAUUGGGAAGAGGUUAAUAUCUUGACCCUGUCAUCAACUGCAAAGCUGCACUUCUUCAUAUUAGAGGUCUUCGUUAAGAGACACUGCGCUUCACAGUAUCGGCUCAAGAUUAAGGAUUGAUCCAUGAUACUUUGGCUGAUGUCAGGAUCUGGAUGAUUAGUUUGGUCGUGGCAAUUUGUGCAAUUUGUGUAUAACCUGUAUCAUCCCAGGGUGCGUACUUGGCUGAUGUAUUAAGAAACCACGAGGAAAAUGAGUAGUUUAAGCGAUUUCCUGCGUUUAUUUCU